AUGCUACCUAAGCGAGUACCUGGAUUGGUCACAGAUCUCUGUGGUCAUGCCUCAGCCUGUGUUAUCGGAACACAGCAAACCGAGACUCAUCCCAAGCUCACCUGGCUCCAUGACAAGACUGCGGGCAGCUACACCAACUGUUAUAACGGCAAUACCUGGAACGAGUCCUUGUGCUCAUCUAACACGGCUUGCACAGUAAACUGUGCAAUUGAAGGAUCUGACUACAGCGGUACCCACGGCAUCACUACGUCUGGCAACCAACUCAACCUCAAGUUCAUCACAAAGGGACAGACGCAAACAAACGAAAUGUUCAAUCUUAUUGGCAAUGAGUUCAGCUUUGAUGUCGAUCUUUCUCAAUUGCCUUGCGGUCUCAACGGGGCAUUAUACUUUGUGUCCAUGCCUCAGAAGGGACAGGGAACACCUGGAUACUGCGACGCUCAAUGCGCUCGUGACCUCAAGUACAUCAACGAUAAGGCUGACGCUAAGGGGUGGCAGCCAUCCAGUAACGACACUAAUGCCAGUGUCGGAAAGUUUAGCGAGUGCUGCGCUGAGAUGGAAGUCUGGGAGGCCAACUCCGUGUCCACUACGCUCACUUCUGACUCCUGCCAGCCUGAGAGCUACAGCGUAUGCGAGGAGUGUAACUGCGGAGGCACCUACUCACUUGAUCGCUAUGCUGGACCGUGCGACGCCAACGAUUGUCAUUUCAAUCCAUACCGUAUCGGUGUCAAAGACUUAUAUAUAGCCUCUAUGAGCAACGCCAUGGCUCAAGGCAUAAAUCUAGUCAUGUCGCUGUGGGACGACCAUUACGCCAACGUGCUUCGGCUUGAAUCUUCUCACCCCAUAGAAAAGGACCCCAGCGAGCCUGGUGUUGCUCGCGGCGAAUGCCCCAUUACGUCUGGUAAGCCCUCCGACGUUGAGGCUCAGUUCCCCAACGCUCAGGUCGCUCUCUCGAACAUCAAGUUUGGUUCCAUUGGCUCACCUUUGCACAGCCCGCUGCUACCCAAGCGUAUCGAUGCUCUAGUGCUCGAUUGUAGGGCAGUGAAGAAGGCUAAGCUCUGUCUCGAAGAGCCGUUCAUCUGA